AUGGGUCGCACGGAUCUCGCUGCUUUCGCCACGUCGUAUGCAGCCUCCAAGAUCGGUGACAUUGACGACUUGCAGCGUGCGAAGAGAGAUGGUGAUGAUCGCCCUGGCGAUUGGACGGGUCCGAGACUAGGGCCAACUUUCAUGAGCCUCCCAACCGAGAUCCAUCUUCUCGUCAGCCAACAGCUUCUCUACCCAGAUGCCUUGUCACUGAAGCACACCAACCGGUACUUCCACGAGCUGGUCUAUACCGGGGUCAACCUCAAGGUCGAAUGGCUCGUGCAGAGGCGCAGUCUGCAUCUCGACUGCCCCAACAAUGUCCGGUGCGAUCUCGGGAGUGAUUUGAGGUUCUGCCGGGGCAGUGUGGCGCUCCUCAUGAAACGUCGAAGAGAGCAUAUCGAGUGCGAAAGCAAGCCCGGCAUCGGCUGCAUCGUCUUUGGCACUGCCACCUGCUCCCACAAGCGAAAAUGGCUACACAUCUCUGCCCCUGUCCAUCAGCCGCAGCCUAAUCCUGCAGUUGAAAACGACUCAUCUUCAUGGUCUGGAACACCCCUUACAUUUGCACAGCAGCAGAACCCUGCCGGGACAUCCGCCCAUGGCCCGGAGGCAAUGCACACAAGGCAGGCAGAGGAUCGAGCCGACAGUCACUCAAGGGAUGAGCAUUCCUAUCAUAUGGAGACGACACCAUAUAGCCCGACCCCAUGGUCUAUCAACAACGAUCCAACACAGAUCUUAUCCCGGGCCAUCCGCCACCCUAGUGAUGAGAACGCUUUCAAGUAUUACCUGAAACGGGUUUGUUGGUGCACGCCAGCAUACGAUAGCAACCUGAACCCGUACCGGAAGCUGGGAUUCAUGGCCCUUUCGCACCCGGUCCUUCUGCGCGGAGUCUUGUCGGUCUCCGCAGCUCACAUGGAGAUGUACGGGCAAACAAACACCGGUGUGUCUUGUGUCCGGCAAUUACAUGCCCUGGGAGCAUUGCGGUCAGCUUUGCAUCUGCUCGAAAGAAACGAACUCAGUCAGUCGAGGGACGACUCGACGGCAAAAGUGGAUGAUCCUCCCUCAAGCCUCUCCGACAAGGAGGUCACGCUAGCCGCUGUGGUGAUGCAAACAUCGUCUGUGCUCAUGGCAGGUCUCUGGACCAUAGAGAUGCACAUCAAAUGUGCCCUAUAUCUCAUCCAACACCUGGGUUACUUUGACAGAGCCCCGAGCUCAGUCUUGACAAGAACCGUCAUCAACCGGCUCGCCAUGGUGGACGUGAUGCUCGCUUUCGUCCGGACCCACCGCCCUCAAGCCCCCUUGGACUUCUACAUGUACCAGAUCCACGAGGAGCUCGAUCGCGAGGAGCCGUCCUUCCGAGAGAUGCACGGCUGCCACCAGCCCGUUCUCUCGUUUCUGGCUCGGAUCGCCGUGCUGAGUGCAGACUUGGCAAGUGGGACGAGCCCGCAGCCGGAGAUUCGAGCGAAAGGCCAUCAGCUGGAGACAGAGAUGCGGCUCUGGGGUCAUCGCUACUACGGCAUACUGAACACGGAGGCAGCAUCGACAAGUUCCGCGAGUCAGGGCCCCCCUCAAAUAGUUCCAGCCUGCACUGCAUUGGACACUGUCUGUGAGUGCUUCUACUGGACAGCCCACAUAGUCUUGCUGAGGAGAGUUCUGUUGGAGCCGACCAAGUCUGUAAGGGUCCAAUCCAUCCGUCGGCGGGUGUUCGACCUGAUCAACGGUCUUGUUCCCGGCUGUGGUCCAGAUUCAUCCUUGGCGUUCCCGUUUUACAUGAGUGCGUGUGAGGCUAUAAGCCUUGAAGAUCGAGAGUGGGUUUGCCGAAGGCAUAUGGAGACGUUUGCCGUGUAUCGUGACGACUGGAGGGUACUGCUAAUGGCCGCUGUUGAAAAGGUCUGGUCCAAAGCUGAGGCUGAAGCAGCUGAUCACCGAUAG